GAGUUUCAGAUUAAUUCCUUCUCACCCAACAGAGAUAUUUGGAUAUUAUAUGUGAUACGUCUUCAAUUAUCUUUUAUUGAAUUGCCGAGUGGAUGUUCUUCAUUUAAGUGCUUGUUCCAGACCCAGAAAAACGGAGCCACUGUGGGAAUUUCUUGAUCCCUUUGUGGGUUUUUAUUUUUGAAUUAGAAUUUGCUUGUUUCGACAUGAAAUGACUACUGGGUCUGCCGAUCAGAGAGACCCAUUUGGGAAAAAGAUGAUCGAGGUCAGCCAUGGCAGCAACAAGAACUCCUUUGUCUUCUCUUCCGAUUUCGACACGUAUCCGACACGUGCUUGGAGUUCCUCUUAGUAACUUACUUUUAAGUUUCAACUGCUCAAAUUCCUUCUCUCACAUCGACGGUUUCUUCACUCCUACGCCACCGUUUCAUUGUCCUGGAGAAUGUUGAUUAGAGCAUUUCGGAAUCUGUACCUUCUCUUGAUGGGGUUCGAUUUUUUCUUCUUGAAGAAGUUGCUAUGCUGAGAUUUGGUUCUUAUUGAUGAUUUUAGGGAAGUAUUGAUUUGGGUUUUCCUUUUAGGUCUAUGAUCGGAUUAGAGAUUCGAUUAUUUUGAUUUUAAUCUGGUGGGUCGGACGUUGGAAGUUGUUUCAUUAAUGGGGUUUGGAGUAAGAAUCUUAUGAAUCUGGUGGAGCCCAUUUGGAAAAAAGGAAAUAGCAGAUAUAGUAACCUGAUUCUUUAGAAAGUCGUGUGUUGGUACAGGAAGUGUAUAGGAAGGCCAUCUUUCCUUUUGAUUCUCUAAAGUGGGAGUUGAAUUGAAGAUUGAUUCUAAUGGAGGUUUCAAUAAUGCUUCAUGUGGGAUUCGUCCUUUUUCUUCUCUGGCUACUUUCCGCCUUCGAUUGCUCUCAUCUUGCUGCGUAUUUCAUCUCUCUCAUCUAUCUCUACCUGGUGCAUGAGCGGUAUGUUCUAAAACUAAGGAGGAAAUUUCAAUUUGAGGAGAGAAAGCAAGCUAAUCAGAGAAGGGUACUUACAGAUUCUGAAACAGUUAGAUGGUUAAACCAUGCUGUUGAAAAGAUAUGGCCUAUAUGCAUGGAGCACAUUGCUUCUCAGAAGAUUCUCCUCCCCAUCAUACCUUGGUUCUUGGAGAAGUACAAACCAUGGACUGCUAAGAAGGCUGUGGUUCAACAUCUAUAUUUGGGAAGAAACCCACCUAUGUUUACUGAAAUGAGGGUUCUUCAUCAGCCUAGUGAGGAUGAUCACUUGGUUCUGGAGUUAGGAAUGAACUUUCUUACAGCUGAUGAUAUGAGUGCAAUACUUGGAGUGAAGCUAAGGAAAAGACUAGGAUUUGGAAUGUGGGCAAAGUUGCAUCUAACAGGCAUGCAUGUGGAAGGGAAGGUCCUGGUUGGUGUUAAGUUCCUCCGAGAUUGGCCAUAUCUCGGCCGCGUCCGGUUAUGUUUUGCUGAGCCUCCAUAUUUUCAGAUGACUGUCAAGCCUAUCUUUACACAUGGUCUUGAUGUUACAGAACUUCCAGGAAUUGCUGGAUGGCUGGAUAAGCUUUUGUCCAUAGCCUUUGAGCAGACACUUGUUGAGCCCAAUAUGCUGGUUGUGGACAUGGAGAAGUUCAUUUCACCACAGCCAGAAAAUUGGUUCUCCGUAAACGUGAAGGAACCCAUUGGCUUUGUCGUAGUCGAAGUUGUUGAAGGAUCAGACAUGAAACCAUCUGAUCUAAAUGGUCUGGCUGAUCCGUAUGUAAAAGGUCAACUGGGUCCUUACAGAUUCAGAACCAAGAUUCAAAAGAAAACACUGUCUCCACAAUGGCGCGAGGAAUUCAAGAUCCCCAUUGUUACAUGGGAAUCAGAGAAUGUGCUCAAUAUUGAAGUCCGCGACAAGGACACGUUUAUUGACGACAUUCUCGGAAACUGUUCCCUCAGCAUCUCAGACAUGAGGGAUGGCAAUCGACAUGAUAUAUGGUUGCCUCUCGAAAACAUUAAAACAGGGCGAUUGCACCUUGUAAUCACUGUUUUUGAAGACAAAAAGAAGGUGGAGGAGUAUCCUUCUCCCAAAGAAGCCUUGAAUGUGGAUGAGCCAAGGAAGGAUUCCACUGGAACUGGAAGUGAGUUUAAGGAUGAUAAGGAUUCGUCCUCAACUGUAUCAGUGAAGUCUCAAAAAGCGACUGAUGAUUAYGAAGCCAUCGACGUUGAAGGGCAAAAGGAGACAGGAAUAUGGGUCCACCGUCCAGGAACCGAAGUUUCAAAAACUUGGGAGCCUCGGAAGGGGAGGAGUCGUCGACUUGAUACUGAAAUCCACGGGGAGCCUAACGAAUCCAUAUGCAGUGGCAAUACCUCAGGACAUGGAUCCUUAAAUAAUGAUUCGAGCAGCACUGAUGACAAUCCUGAGGAAAAACAUCGAAAGUUAUCAGUUCGUAAGGGACUAAGAAAGCUGAGUUCAGUUUUCCACCGGAGUCCUCGGGACGAGGAUCGAUCAGGAAGCUUAGAGGAGCCUGUUAAAUCCCCCCAAUAUGCCAAUGUUAGGGCUGCAAAUGCCAAGGAGGGAGGUGUGAGGGUUAUUCUUGUAGAUAGCAUUUCCGGGACUACUUCUGAGAAGGUACUGAAGGAAGGGAAAGUGAACAACGAUGGUAGCGAUUCAGAAAGUCCGGGAAAGGGUGGUAAUGUGAAAGACAUGGCGAAAAGUCUUUUCAGACAGGCCGAGAAAUCUGCACGCAGUAUUAAAUAUGCUUUUUCCCGCAAAGGGUCGAGGAAAUUCCAAAGUGAUUCAUUAGGAAUAAAUGAGAGAGAUGCUUCAGUGGAAUCAGAAUCUUCUGAAGAACCUGAUACACCAGUUGCUAGCAGCCCAACUACAAUUGUGGGAGUUCCAGUUGUCUCUGAAGCCACAGCCCGAGCUUCUCGCAGCAAUUCCUUUAAAGAAAAUGUGAAGCAAGAAAAUGUGCUGCCCACUGCUUCAAGUGACAAUGGUAACUCAGCAGAUAAGAUUACCACUGCACGCUUGGAGAGGAUUGAAGAUGACGAAGAUGAUAAACCUGCAAUCAACAAUGACACCAAAUGAUCGAAGCUUAAAAAACCUGUACUUGUUGAAUCAAAUUUGGAAGAUGGAAGAAAGUUGCAAUUUCUUUGGUUUGAAAGAUGGUUGUGUGUAGGUAAAACGGAUAUGAAAAACGUGUAGAAGUUUGAGAAUUUGUGAACUGAAUUCCUGUAUAGAUAGGGGGUUUCGUUUGUAAACAUUCAAAGUUUAUAUAAACUAAGAAGUUACUUGUGAAGAUUUCUACAAUAAAUAAAAUAAUAAAUUUUCCUAGUUAAA